UUUGUUUCCACAAAAACAAAUGCGAAGCUGUGUGCGUGUGGAAGUGGCAGGCAGGACGAAGUGACGAACCCAGCGGGUGAGACAGAGCCAGACUCUGUUCGCUGCUCUCGAGCUCUUCCACCCGUCCAUGGAGUUCUUGAUCCUCAUUCUUUCCUUGUUUUGUUCAUCUUAUACCAUCAAUAUGCCAUACUGAGCCUAAGCUCUACCCCAAUUCAACCUUUGUUCUGUCCCGUCCUCUGUAUUUUUCGUUACUCGUCUUCCAACUUCGUUCCGAACCGUGCUCUCCUUUCUACUUUCUUUGGAUGCCCAUUUCCCCGAGCUUCACUGUAAACGCAACCGUCAGAAUAGAACCAUCAGUUUCCUGGAAUAUUUCUUCCCUUCCUUCUUCUUCCGGGCAGGUUAUUCGAGAACCUGUAAUCUGUUGAAACGGGGGUGGUUUCCUCUACGUUCUUGAUAUCGAAGCAGGUCUGUUGUUUUCGAAGGCAUUUCAAUUGCCCCAUACCUUCGUCUUCCUCAAUUUCAUUGCAAUUUGGUCUGAAGAAGCAAAAGUAAUUCCCUAAAGAUGACGAUUGCACAACUUGCUGCUGGUUGUGGUCUGUCUAGUGGACUGACUAGUAAAGCUAGUGAAUGGAACUCAAUAAAGAGGAGAGCUUGGUCGUUGUGCUUGGGACAGUCCAGUGAAGCCAGUAAUUCAAGUUUGCUAAUUGAUAGGAAAGAACUAAGAUAUAGAGAUGUCGUUACUCAUUGCUAUCCACUGGUGAAGAAUCACAGAAAGCCCAUUCCAGUGUUGAAAUAUCAAUCAAAUACAAACCAUGGUGUGGGUGCUUCUGAUGUGGAUGAGAGAUUUGCUUUGGAGGAAGUGCAAGAGUCCAGUGGUUUCAGGGAGGGAAAUGUUGAGUUGACGGGAACUUCUAGUGGUCCAUCACAUUCUUGGGGUGUCAAACAUGAACUUUUAAUGCUUUCCCUGCCUGCAAUUGCUGGGCAAGCUAUUGAGCCCUUGGCACAAUUAAUGGAGACAGCAUAUAUUGGUAGAUUGGGCCCUGUAGAGUUGGCUUCAGCCGGUGUUUCUGUUUCAAUCUUUAACAUAGUAUCAAAGUUAUUCAAUAUCCCUCUCCUUAGUGUUGCUACUUCAUUUGUGGCUGAAGACAUUUCAAAGAAUGCGACUAAAGAUUCUCUCUCAGAACAUGUUUGUCAAGAAGAAAGUCCCAAUGGUAAACCUUUUGAUGGAAUGGACGAAAGAAUGCAACUACCAUCUGUAUCUACUGCUUUACUCUUAGCAGUUGGGAUUGGCUUAUUUGAGGCUUUAGCAUUGUAUUUGGGAUCUGGAAUGUUUCUUAACUUGAUGGGUGUGUCGUUGGCUUCAUCCAUGCGUACCCCAGCACAACAAUUUCUUUCACUCAGAGCCCUUGGUGCUCCUGCUGUGGUAGUUUCUUUGGCUCUUCAAGGCAUCUUCCGUGGUUUUAAGGAUACAAAGACUCCUGUAUUAUGUCUAGGGGUGGGAAAUUUUGCAGCUGCCCUCCUGUUUCCCAUACUUAUGUAUUAUUUUCAAUUUGGUGUAACUGGAGCAGCCAUUUCUACUGUUGUGUCUCAAUACGUGGUCACCUUUUUGAUGAUAUGGUACCUUAAUAAAAGAGCUGUAUUAUUGCCUCCAAAGAUGGCAGAGCUGCAAUUUGGCGGCUACAUAAAAUCUGGUGGUUUUCUUCUUGGUAGAACUCUUGCUGUCCUUGUUACUAUGACACUAGGGACGUCAAUGGCUGCUCGUCAGGGCCCAGUUGCUAUGGCUGCUCAUCAGAUAUGUUUGCAAGUGUGGCUGGCUGUAUCUCUCAUUACAGAUGCACUGGCUGCAUCUGGUCAGGCCCUGAUUGCAAGCUCUUUAUCGAAAGGUGACUAUAUGACUGCGAGAGAAAUUACCGACUUUGUGUUAAAGAUAGGAUUACUUACCGGUGUUAUCUUAGCUGCAAUCUUGGGUUUAUCUUUUGGUUCUUUAGCUAAUUUGUUCACCAAGGACACAGAAGUAUUAGGAAUUGUCAGAACUGGCGUCUUGUUUGUCAGUGCUAGUCAACCUAUAAACUCACUUGCUUUUAUAUUUGAUGGCCUUCAUUAUGGUGUUUCUGACUUCCCAUAUGCUGCUUGUUCUAUGAUGGCAGUGGGGGCAAUGUCAUCUGCAUUUUUAUUGUGUGCUCCAUCUAAUUUUGGUCUUCCGGGAGUUUGGUCGGGUUUGGCUCUAUUUAUGGGCUUGCGUAUGGUGGCAGGCUAUAUCAGAUUGGCAUCAAAAACUGGUCCAUGGUGGUUCCUGCACACAGACAACUUGAGAACUGAGCUUGCCCAUUGAGAUGGGAAAAUUGGGAAAUUGACUGCACUGACUCGACCCCCGGAUGAUGACGAGUGUUCACCAGUUUCAUUGGUUCAUUCUUAUUUUCUGAUUUAACGGUUCUUGAUUUUCUCAGUAUGAUCUGAUUGGAAUGUAUUACAUCUAUAAAGUAUUUUUGAUAAAUUUAAUUUAUUAAUGAAUUUUAGUAAAUAAAUACAAAUUCUAAUUUAUUUAUUUAUUUUGGUUCACUUAAGAAA